AUGUUUAAAGUAUCCAAAAAAUAAUUGAAACAAAUAUUAACUUCUGCUAUAAAUAAAGAGGAUAAAAAUAGCAUGGAUGAAUUGAAAUCAACAAAACAAUUUAUAGAAUCUCUAAAGUCUAAUAUAGAACAAGGAUUGACUGAUAAUGAGAUAAGAGUAAGAUAAUAAAUAUUUGGAAUCAACGAGAAGGAGACAUUCAUACCACUUAACUUGAUAAGUAAGAUUUGGAGUAUGGUUAUUGUAAAUAGUGAAUAUAAUAUAUUAGACACCAAAAACAAUAUUUUUUUAAUCCAUGUCAGUGAUUACACUUAUUUUAACUUACAUAUCAACCGAAGGAAUAUUUACGAAUGAAUGGAUAGAAAGAGUUAUUAUAUUUGUAAUAAUUUCUUUGAAUCCCAUAAUAUUAUCAGCAAUUCAAGUAAAUUUAUAUCAACCUAACCAAGUUAAAAAUCAAUGAUAAUAAUAAAAAAAAUUCAUAUAUUCAGGAUGAAUAACAGAAAUAAGUAGUUGUUUUGAGAAAUGGAAAAGAAUAAACUAUAAUAGCAAGGGAUUUAGUAGUUGGAGAUAUUGUGAUUUUAAAGUAGAAUGAUAAAGUGUAUGUUGAUGGUUUAAUUGUGGAAUAAUCUUAAUUAUAAAUUUAUGUAUAUAUAUUUUUAAUUAUAAUUUAUUUAGGAAGGCUUUUUAACAGGAGAGAUAUUGGCUGUUCCUAAAAUUACAAUAGAAGAAGCAAAUUAAGAGAAUAAGACAACUCACUUUGUCUAUGCAGAAAGUGAUGUAUUGAAAGGUAAUGGUAAAUUAUUGGUUUUGGCAGUUGGUGAAAAUGUUCAUGGUUAUAUUUUACAAAGUUUAUUGGGAAAAUUUGAAGAAGGAGAACCAAUUAUUGAUAAAACAAUAGAAAAUAUUUCAUCUAAAAUGGAAAUAAUAGGAUUUUUAGGUUCUUUAAUUUUAAUCAUAAUGGUACUGAUUAGAUAUAUAGUAUAAUAUUAAAACUCAAUUUUAAAUGGAUAUAGUACAUUAUCAAAUAUAUUGAACUUUAUAAUAGUGUUAUUAUCAUGGAAUUCAUCAAAAGCGUUGAUAAAUCAUUAUAAAAUUCAAUUAGCUUAAACUUUAAAGAAGAUGUUAAAUUCUAAAAACUUAGUUAGAAUGUUCUAAACAUUAGAAAAUUUAUCAUUCAUGGAUAAAGUAUUAUAUGUUAAUAAUCAAGUUAAUUAUUGAUGCAUAAUCUCUAUAUGAAAAUUAUAUGGUUAUUGUUAGUUUUCUAAAUGAUACAGAUGGAGAAUUAACUUAAUCAAGAUUAGAUCAAUUUCCAUAAGAAUUCAAAUAAGCCUUUAUUGAUUGCUGUUUUUUAAAUUAUGAAUCAGAAUAAGAUAAAAUAUAGUCUAAAACAGAGGAAGCAUUUUAUUUGCUAUCUUAAGAGUUGCAAAUUAAAAUAGAAGAGAGAAAAAGCAAAGUGACUCAUUUAAUCCCUUAUACAAGAACUAGAAGAAGUAGAGUAAUAAUAUAGAUUUAUUUAAUUAGGGAUGUAUUGUUGAAAAUAAUAGAAUUUGUAUGAAGGGAGCAAGUGAUAUAAUAUUAAAAUCAUCAAAUAGUUUUUAUAGUUUAAAAGAUGGGAUAAUUCCUAUUAACGAUUUUGUAAAGAAUUAAAUAGAAUAGAAUUUAAAUUAAUUAAGUUAAAAUGCUGGUGUAAUUACAGCAAUAGCAUAUAGAGAUAUAGAUUUAAAAAAUGAAAAUAUCGAAGAAUAGAUAUAAAACAAUAAUUUUAAAUAUGAUACAGAAAAUUUAACAUUAUUAGGUUUCUUUGUAAUAUCAUCUAAAUUGAAAGAUGAAGGAAAAAUGGUUGUUGAAGAAAUUUAAUAAGCAGGAGUUAAAGUUAUUUUGGUUGGAGGUGAUAAUUAAAGAUUAAUAAAGAAAAUAGCUUAAAAGACUGGUAUUAUGUCUAAAGACUCAAUAAUUACAGAAGGAAAUAAUUUUACAGAAUAAUUAAACAAUAAAACAGAAAAUUUUUAAAAAGAAUUAGAAGAUAUUUGUGCUAUUAGUAGAGCAACCCCAGAAAUAAAAUAGUAGAUAGUCUAAGAAUUAUAAUAAUUAGGACAUAUAGUAGGAGUAACUGGUCAUACUUUAUCUGAUGGUAAAUAUUAAAAUUAUUGUAUUAAUUAGUUAAUAUUCUAAAAUAGGCUGAUGUAAGUUAUUGUAUGGGAAGAUCAGAAUAAGAAUUAGUUAAAGAGAAUUCAGGGAUUCUUUUAUUGGAUAAUAGUCUUCAUUAUAUUUAUCUUGGAAUCAUUUUAGCUAGAAAUCUAUUAGAUUCUAUUAAAAGACUAAUUUAAUAUUAAAUUACUACGCACAUUUCAUUAAUUAUUAUAUUAAUAGUUUCAUUAACUAUUAAUGACACUGUUAUAAUAACUCCAUUAUAAUUUGUUUGGAUUAAAUUGAUAACUGAUUUGAUUGCUUCAUUAUCUUUAUCUUAUUGUAAACCAAGUGCCAAAUAUUAAAAGCCAUUUAAUAAAAAAGGAUAUUUAAUUGAUAUUUCUAUUUUUAUCCACAUAAUUAUAUUAUCUGUCUAUACUAUAGCUGUUUGCAUUUUAUUUGUAGAUUAAGUAUAUUUAUUAUUAUUUAUAUCUAGACUUUAAUGGUAUUCAAUAUAUUUGUAAUUACAACUUUAUUUAAUUUGAUUAAUUCUAAUAUGGUUCAAUUAGAGAUUAAUAUUUUUUAAGUAUUUUGUAGUACUUGGAUGAUUUAUAUUUCAAUAUUGAUUAUUGGAAUGCUUCAAUAUUUCAUUGUAGAAUAAGGAGGAAAAUUAAUAUAAGCAUGUAAUGGUUUAAGUCUAUAAUAAUGGUAAUUAAAAAUUAUAAUAUAAAAAGGCUAAUUUGUAUUCUUAUUGGAUUUGGUAGUAUAGUUUGGAGAGCUGUACUUAUUAUGAUCACUAAACCAAUCCUUGCCAUUUUUGUUAAUUAAAAGAGAGAAAAAGCCAAAUUAAAAGUUAAUUGAAAUAAUAUUAAAUAGUGCAUAAAG